AUGGUGGAUUCGUUCCCAACACGGGUGUUGCGACCCGGAGUCUAUGCGCCGCUGCCCACCUUUUUCGACGACAAUCAGGAAGUCGACUAUGAUUACUACAAGAAACAUCUUCUCAAUUUGGCCACCAAGGGCAUGGUCCCAGUAUGUGCUGGUUCGCUGGGAGAGGCAUGUCAUUUGAGCUUCGAUGAGCGAACGGCUCUCAUUCGCUUCAUCCGUGUUACUUUAGAUGAAGCUGGGCUCCAGUCAACGCCGAUAGUGGCUGGAGUGGGCGGCUCGAGCACGAGAGAGACAAUUAACUUGGCACGUGCAGCAGCAGAAGCGGGAGCAGAUGCCGGGAUGGUGAUACUACCUGCUUAUUAUGCUGCAAGUCUCAUCGCCGACCAAGAACAAGUUCUUCAAUACUUUAUUGAUAUAUGUGAAGGCUCACCAAUACCAAUUUUGCUGUACAAUUUCCCAGCGAAUGCCGGUGGUCAGGAUAUCUCAUCGGAAGUUAUUCGUGCAGUCAUGCAGCAGGCGCCCAAUCUGUGCGGUGUCAAACUAACAUGCGGUGGCAGCAUUGCCAAGUUGCUUCGUCUGAAUGCUGCUAUUUCCGAGGACCCGUCUAUCUCGAGCAAAAGAAAGUUUCCCUUUCUUAUGCUUGACGGACUCAUUGCAGAUCUAACGCCAUGGAUGCAAUGUGGAGGCCAUGGGACUGUAAGUGGCAUACCUAAUUUUGCUCCAGUGGCCUCCAUGAGACUUUGGGCGUUGCUCAACACUCCUUCUCCGACCAAGGAGGAGGUCAAAGAAACCAAAGAGAUACAGGCAAUUCUCUCUCGAGCCGAUGUAGCUGCUGUUCCUGGUGGUAUCCGCGCGAUGAAAUACGCAUUAAAUAAAAUGCAUGGAUAUGGUAUCGCACCCCGAAGACCUCUUCUUCCACUGAAGAAUACCGAAGGAGAGCAGUUCAUGAUUGUUUUGGAAGAAAUGCUUCAGCUCGAGCGAAAGUUGAUGGAAGCGUAG